AUCAACGAGUGCCAUUUGUUAGGGGGGACGUCUAACAUAUGAAUUAGCUGUAAUCCUUCAAAGAUAACUAUAUCCAUGAACAAAACAAAUACCUGCAAAAGUAGGAAGACGCACUAGAUCACAUUCUUGUGAAACAUGCAUAAAAGAAGACCUCUGCUUUCGUAUAGGUCGAGACCCUUCCAAAGAGACUUCGUCUCUUGGAAGCUUUAUUGUGUCCACGGGCACUGUUUUUGAUGAACCUUUCGGGACAUCAAGAAAUUCUUCAUUAGCAUGAGGUGGUGCUGUUGGACAAGAGUUCCGGUACUGAAAUACGUGUCAGUAAAUCAUGUUCAAUAACAAAGUAACUCUUACUAUAGAAGCAAAUUCUGUGUCCGGAGGAGGACUAUGCUCGUCCAUUUGAUGAAUGCCGGUCUGUCCCUCAGCUGACUGGCUUCGGAAUGACUGAUAUACAAAUCCAUCAGUCUAACUGUCCCAUAAUUUUCACUUACCAUUACAACCGGCGUAAAGCGUUAGGAGCUGUAACAACAAUCUCACAAAAAAAACUUCCAAAAAUAAGCCUCGUUUAAAUAUAGUCCAAAACCCAAAAGUGUCCCCAAGAAUUGCACGAAAAAGGGCCUAAUUGUCUGUAUUCUUUAGGAAAAUGAAGAAAAACCGAAGAAGAAACGAAACAAUUUGGUUUUGCUGUAUAAUGUGUGAAUGGUUGUAGUGGCCCUUGGCAUAGGUUAGUCCAGGGACAUCUCUUCCUUAAACAGUAUUAACUGUCCAGACGUAAAACACAUACCAGACACUCUAAAGGAGUUGUCCUAAUCGAUGGAAGCUGUUUAUUAGAUAGAAGCAGGUGUUUGUCUUAAAACUUUUAGCGGAACUGCAUUCUUUGCAUCUUUUUUCGUCUAAAACAUUUCAGUCUAAAACUCCCUUGGACGUUAACAAAAGCAGUUUUCGAGCUUUGUGGAGCGCUGAACGUAAUUGAAUCUUCCAGUUAAAGCUUUAUAUUCACUGGAUUAUCUUAACGUGCUGUUGCAAGUUUAGUCUUUCUACUUCGUAUUCGGUACCAGGAUUCAAACAAAUUACAUUCAUUCUCUCGAUUUCCCUUCGGCAACUUCUAUCAUUUUGAUUCAACAACACUAUCUCUCUAGAGCUUUCGUUGCCUUCCUGGAUGAAUCUAUGUUUUCAAUCCAUUCAAGCACCUGCUAUACAGACUGCUGUUUGUUGUAAAUUUAUUCCAAAUGAGAACGUUAUAAUCGUAUCUCGUCGCCUUCAGCUUUUUGUCUAUACCCUCAGUAAAAACAAUGAGCUCUGUGAGCGUGCCACAAUACCUCUGCAUGCAAACGCACUCCAUCUACUUGCUUAUCGUCCACUAGACCUUGAGCAAGACUAUUUGCUUAUAGUAACUCAAGAUGGCUACUACUUUUCUGUGUACUGGGACGAUAAUUUUGGAAAGGUUGCUCUCGACAGCCCGCUUCAGAUGUGCACUACACAACCCAGCUACCCAAAUACAUCCUGGAGAAGCUUUUGCUUAGUAAAUCAAGAGGCUCAACUGGUACUUAUUAGGACAUCAGAAAUGAAGGUCUUGUGCCUGUCUAUUUUUUCAGAGGAACAACGGAAACAACAGGGUUUCUCCAUCGGAGACGGUGCUGAAUUGUUACUUCCCGGAUAUCUCGUUAUGGACAUGUGUUUUCUGCAACACGGGAAUCCUCCGCAGGUUGCCGUUCUUUCACAAACUGUCGACUCAACAAAGGUGACGGUACAUAAGCUGAAUUUGCAGUCGGAUUCGUUUGAUUCUGGCUCUGUAGUCUUAAAAAAUUCACUUUACUACAAACUAAUGGCAGUUGGAAAGAAGGGACUAAUUGCACUGGGAGAGGACAACAUUUCCUAUUUCAAUCGUGGUACUGUUAUUUCCAUCCGUGCACCGUCGGUACGGUUUUCCCAUUAUUGUGCGCUGCGUGGUUUAAAAAGACAAUUUGUUCUUGUUAGUGCGGAAGGUAACGUGUAUACGCUUUCGUGUAACCCUUUAUUCCACAAAUUGUAUACAUUGAUGGUGGAAGAACUUCCGUUUUCACCAGUUUUCAAUGUAUCUUCAGUUAUGGCUAUUGAUGAAGAAAGGCUUUUCGCUUCUAAUAUCAAUGGAUCCAUACACAUUCUUUCAUUACCGUCAUACACUGUCUCGGAAAUAACGGCAGGACACGGUGCUAUACAUGAUAUGCAGUUUUUCGAGAGUGGCAGUGGAAACACUCUGCUUUUAUGUGCAGGUUCACUUAAUUCUGGUUCUCUAAUUUACUUAUGUAAUUCGCUUAGUGCGGAACCUAUCUCAUUAUUCGAUUUGUCUGGAGUCUUGCACGUUUGGCCUGUGCACUUUCAAUCAGUUCUAAAACUCUUUGUUGGUAUGGCUAAUGAAACAAAAGUGUUCACAAUGGUCAGUCUGUACGAAGCUGAAUUUGAUCCUGAAUUAAGUUUAGAUGAAAGUACAUUGGCACUAUCAGCUUGUGAAAAUGGCUACGUCCAGAUCACAAAUAAGUCACUUCGUUAUUGCACUGAAACAUCAAAGGAUGCUAUCCCGUUAGAAGGCAUUACAAGUGUAAGUUCUUUGGGGGCUUACGCGGCUAUUGUGAUUGAUAAUACAUCACUUGUAAUUUACAAUAUGACAAAGGAAAUUGCACGAACCACGUUUUCAAAAGAAGUAUCUGCAGUUGAUUUUGCUAGUCCACUACGAAUUGUAGUUGGAUUUUGGAACAAAACCAUGGAGAUGUUGGCAAUUAGGGACAACUCUUUUAUAUGUGUCCUUCGAAAAAGUCUAAACUUUAUACCCCGUGAUGUUUUACUACAAUUCAGCAAUGACGAUCGUUUACACCUUUUUAUGGGUUCCGAUGAGGGAAAUCUCUGUGUCGCUACAGUAGAAAAAUCCCUUAUUACAAACAUGGAUUACCGUGUAUUGGGCUCAACGCCCAUUCACUUCACUCGACUUCUUAUAUCGACAGGAGCAUAUGUCAUUUGUACAAAUGACAAGCCGCAUAUGGUAUAUGGACUUCAUGGGAAGCUGGCUUUUAUGCCACUUAAUGUUCCUUCAUCAAUAGAUCUCAAUGCUUUUCUUGAUGAGAAGUUGAGGUUUUGCCUUGUAAGCGCACAUAGUGAAGGAGUCUCUAUUUUACAUCUCGACAAUCAGCCAAAACUUUCAGUUACUCGGCUGAAAACAAAACUAUUACCUCAAAAGGCUGCUAUAAUAGAUCAAACAGUUUUGUUUUCUGGUUUGAAACAACAGCCUAAUGGUCUUGGAGAAUUAUCCGCUCAGUAUUCACUUGUUUGCUCGAAAGUUUAUGACCAAUUUGAGUUGUGCUCUUUCAAACUGGAUGAAUUUGAGGAGUGCACAUCUGUGAUUGCCAGCUCAUCCUCGCUAUUUGUGGUGACGACUGCGAAAAAGUAUCCUUAUAAUUAUUUCUCCGUCAGUGGAAGACUAUUGGUAAUUAAAGCAAGUUCGGAAAAUCGCGAGCUAGACGUUCAAAGCACGUAUAGCCAUUCGUCUGGGUUUGCUUCUUGCGUGGAGUAUGGAAAAUGUCUGUUCGCAGCUUCCGAUGACUGUAUUUUGACAUUUGUUUUGGACGCUACUGAAGUUCGUUUGAUUGGCACCACACACUGUGUAACAGUUCUAAUUCAGUUACUUGUUGACGAAGACCGGUUAAUCACUGUGGACGCUUUUGGGGCCUUAACAGUUUACCAAAUCUCUGACUCUCAGUUGGUUUGGUUAGCAAACAUACAGUCAAAGCCCGAAUGGGCUUAUCAUGCGUGUGUCAUGCGGCCCUUCCAGUACCUGACUUUCGCGAUUGACGGAAGUGUACAUCAAAUUCAGUUGUUAAACGACAACAAUGAUGCUUCUCCGACAGGCUUCCGUCUAGAGUCGACUUGUUCAUUGAAACUACAUGACAGGGUGUUAUGUGCUAGUGCCGGGUCUCUAACUACUGUGAAAAAAGAUGCUCCUCUUUCACCACAAAUAACGUUCGGCACAGAAUUAGGUGCCGUUGGCAGCGUUCUGCAGUUCGAUGAGAAAAAGGAGGAAUACAUAGCGCUUCAAAAAGCAAUUUGGCACCAGCGAUUGAAUUAUGUUGGCAAGUAUGAACUUCCAAUUGAGAGCGAUCACUCAAAAGUUGCUAGCUGUUUUGUAGACGCAAGUCUUUUUCAGCUUGCGAAAAACUGGACACAAGAACAGCUGUACCGUCUCGUCCGGGACAUGGAUGGUUUAGAGUCUCUGAAUUCACAAGAAAAAAUAAAUCGAGUCCUAAAUGAACUGGAUGUCGUUUCAAAAGUUGAUUUAUCCAGUGUAGCAUAGGACUUUGUCUUUGGGAAUGGUUUAUGAUUUUAGGAUCGUUUAGAUGUGUUAAUAAAUCUUUUAUUUUGUUGUAUAUGUCUCUACAAUAUGAAUGACUGCAGUAACUAUC